UUAUAAGGGAAUUUUUGUAUGCAAACUUAUAACCCUGAUGGUUAAUUUGAGUCAGUACGAGAUAUUGAUAGAGACCUCAUUACAUAACAAACUCUGGAGAAUCAUCUCCCACCAUAAAACCCUCUCCCACCUCCAUUAAAACCUAUUAAUCCAGAGUUAAAAGGCAAUGUAUUAUAAAUCCACUAAAAAAGAUCUUUCGUGAGAUGAGCAUUAAUAGAAAAAGUGAAGGAUUUCAAUAAUUCAAAUAAUCCGAAGAAUUUAUCCUUACUAAUGCAAGGUAACACUUACUUUGCUCAGAUACUGUCAUUGAAUAACUAGACCUGAGAGUACUGAUCUCAGACAGGAGUCUCUAAGCAAUAAUAUCCUUUUUAAAGGAUCGUAUCGCCUAAGAAUAAAAUAAUGUGAAAUUAUUAACUCAUAAAAAUCCUUCAUUUCUCUCAAUCUUUAAAGAUUAAGAUUAAGUCAUCUAUCCUAAAUUUUCAGCAUCAUUAGAGCAUCUCAACUAGUUGCAUUAGGCCCAAGGCAAAUCACUUUCAAUAUUGGUAACAAAUAUGGAAAAAAUGAUAAAGGAGAAAUUCGAAACAAACCUCAGUGCAUAUUCUAACAAUAUCAAUGGAAUAGUUGCUAAAAUCAAAGCGAAAAGAAAGUCGGGGAGGGAAUAGCUGGCUAUUCUUACUGAAAGAAGCAAGAAAUUUUAUAAGUUGUACAAUGAAAUGAUGAGCAAUGGAGGUAACCAUAAGAAAAGGUCUAAGGACUUGUUUAAUUAAGAAAGAAAGUUUAAGAACGCUAUGCAUUAACAAGUCAUUUAAUUGACUUAAUUAGGAGAGGAUAUUAUUGCCUAUUAUAAUGAGAUUAUCAAAUAAGAAUCUUAAAGAUUAGAAAUUAUAUCUGUAGGAAUGAGAUAUUAUUUGGAGAAAUUUCAUGAAACAUAUUCAGGUACAACUCCAAGUGCCUAGGUUUAAUUGGUCUUAUAGAAAUUUAAAGAGUAUAAUUCAAUAGAGGAAAGUAGUUAAAUAGUUUUUAAAGACGUGGGAUUUAUUAAGGAGGUUUUAAAAUCACAAGAGAUUGGGUUUCCUCAAAUAAAAUAUUAUUUAACUUAGUUUCCAGGAACAUUAUUAAAACCCACGAUGCCUUAGACAAAUCCAUUUAUAUUAAAGUUUUUUUCUAGAUUAUAAAGAGAUGUUGGAUCAGUGUUGACGAAAUGGUAAAAUUGUUUAGCGAUAGUAUCAAUAGACAGAAACAUUUUAUUGUAUGAUAGUGAGGACAUGACCAUUCCGAAUCAAAAGGUAAGUAUUGAUUCUAAUUGUUUUAGGCUUCGAUAAAAUUUGUAUUGGAACAUACUCAAUUGAUUUUGAAGCCAAAGUAAGCAUUAGUGGCCGAAUUAAAAUAGGUGACUCCAGGAUUUAUGUACAAUUCAAAGGAGAGCGUAGUGAUAAAGUUUCAUAGUUAGGAUGAUUAUGAUGAAAUGCAAUUCUAUUUAGCAAAUUAAUGA